AUGACAGCCACAUGCAACCUGUAUGCCGACCUGGUGAAAUUCAGCCUGGAGCCAGCGGUGGAACCGUGCCACGACUACUACCACCACGUGUGCGGCGGCUGGCUGCGCCGGCGUCGCGACACCGUACUCGAGGACGUGUUGCGCACGUUCGCAGAACGUGCCACGCAGCUGGUGCGACGUCUCAGCAUGCCGGCUCACUUCCAGACCCCCCAGGAACGCGCCGCUAGGGCGUACAUGGCCUGUGUCGACGUUCAGUCCAAGUUCAAGGAGGAGGACGAUGAUGUGAAAAGUGCCCUGCAGCUUGCUGGGCUGUUCUGGCCCCGCCGCGGCGCAACCGCGAACCCUCUUUUCACGCUACUCUCCCUGACCCGAAACUGGGGCCUGGCUUUCCUCAUUCGCUUGCACAAGGAGAGAAAGCGACGCUACGUGAUACAGCCGACUGACCGGUACCGCGAUCUUGUGCAAAUCUGGCAGAAGGCCUACGAGCAAGCGCUUCACGAGAGCCUGUUCAACGAGCUGCGAGCCCGCUACAACAGACCCGGAGCAGCGGUCGUGCCCUACGGCAUGCAGGCGUCUCUCGAGAACAAGACCUUGCUCGCGCUGCAGGAGCCAUUCUGGGACGCGGACGCGCCGGACCUGGAGCUGGACGGCAGCACCGUGUGGCAUUCGCUCGUCGAGCAGAACGCCGCGAACGUGAGCCGCGACGCGUGGAGGGCCGCCUUGGCCGAGCUGUUCGCGAUCGGCCCCGACUCCGACGUGCAGAUGGUGAUCAGGAGGCCGGACUUUGUCAGGCAGGUUUUUCACCUGCCCUCCCUGCUGGGCGACGAGGGGUUCGCGCUGUCGGUGGGAUGGAUGAUGGUGCAGAUCCUCUCCUUCGUUGCCAACCAAGAGGUCGUGGUGCGGGUCCUCAGCGGCGGUUAUCGCCAGGACGCCAAAGCCGCGCAGCUGGCGGCCUGCUUCGAUCUCGUCCAGAUGACCAUGGGUUUCGCCCUCAACGCGGAAUACGUCAAGCAAGCGGCGACGCGAGCGACGCUCGACGACGUGGCCAUUAUCGUGCGCCGAGUGAGCCAGAAUAUUCGUGAAAAGAUACGCCUGUCGCCGGACUUUGGGGACGUCAAGGUGCCAUCGUACGACAACCAAACGGGCGCUGUGUUUCGCUACUUGGAAAAAUCGACCGACACCCAUCUGGGCAGCGAGUUCAGUGCCUUCACGGACAUGUCGCCGGUCCUGCUCAAGUCGCUGCACACUCUGAGCCGAGGCUUCACUCAGGUGAUGCCGGAGGACGUCAGCCCGUGGCCGUACGCUGUCAAGAUGACUGCAGAGGCCAAAAAGGUGACACCUCUCCUUGCCCGCGUCUACAGGGAGGAGCUGGACUUCGCGCUCAUGCCGUACGCGCUCGCGUUUCCCGUCUAUGAGCCAGGCGCUCCCCUAAGCGUCAAGUACGGCGCUCUCGGCUCCGUCGUCGGCACCAGUCUCGCCGAGUUGUUCUUCGCUAACGGCUCGUGGACCGGGGCUGCCGAGGAGAGGCUGCAGCGAGAGGUCACGUGCUUCUUAAGCUACAAAACGAACGCAAGCUCCCUGAGCUUGCUGGAGUGGGAGCUGAUGUUCAGGUUAACCUCUGUUCAGGCGACCUGGCGGGCGUACCGCGUGGCGCAGGCUGACGGCGACCUCGAGUACAUAGAGAACUUGCCGGACAUUCGCGGCGACAGGCUCUUCUUCUUUGCCUGGUGUUACCUGAAGUGCGGUGACACGUUCGGCAAGGACGCCUGCAACGGGCCACUCAGCCACUCGCUCGCCUUCGCCGAGGCUUACAACUGCACCAGCGGGGCGCCCAUGAAGCAAGAAUGGCGGUGCGGAAUGUUGGACAACGCCGACUGA